AUGAUUCGCUCUUUUCUGACUGCAGCCAACUUAGCUGCGACUGUCUCGGCACAAUACUUUCCUCCUCCGCGCGAGGGUCUUACCGUUAUCAAAUCCAACGUCACCGAAGGAGUGACCAUAUCCUACAGAGAGCCAGGUAUCUGCGAAACAACACCAAACGUCAAAUCCUUCUCCGGCUACGUCCACCUCCCGCCUCACACAUUACAAGAAGUCGGUCUUGACCAAAACUACUCCAUCAACACAUUCUUUUGGUUCUUUGAAUCGCGACAUGAUCCCGCCAAUGCUCCGUUGUCGAUAUGGAUGAACGGCGGACCGGGUUCUUCGUCGAUGAUAGGUUUAUUUCAGGAAAAUGGACCUUGCAGAGUGAACCCUGACUCGAAUUCGACGGCAUUGAAUCCGUAUUCGUGGAACAAUUAUGCCAAUGUUAUAUAUAUCGAUCAACCGAAUCAGGUUGGGUUCAGUUAUGAUGAACCUCAGAACGGGACGUUGAAUCUGCUCACGGGUGAAUUGAAACCGUUGGAGGAUGAGAACGUCAUUCCAGAACAGAAUAAUACUUUUCUCGUUGGCACGUUCCCAACUAUUGAAGGUACGCGCUCGACUGCCAACAAUACCGAGAAUGCGGCGAGGUCAUUAUGGGAGUUUGCGCAGGUGUGGUUUACGGAAUUUCCGGAAUACAAACCUGACGAUGACAGGGUGAGUCUAUGGACGGAAUCGUACGGUGGGCGAUACGGUCCGAGUUUCACGGCAUUUUUCCAGCAGCAGAAUGAGAAGAUUGCAGAUGGGAGUCUGCAGGGCCACUAUUCUAUCCAUAUGGAUACCUUGGGGAUUAUCAAUGGUUGUGUGGAUCUGUUGACUCAGGAUUUGAGUUAUGCGGAAUUCGCGUAUAAUAAUACAUACGGCAUUGAGACGAUUAAUCAGACUGUUUACGAGGCGGCUGUUGAUGCAUGGAGUAAAGAAGGUGGAUGUCGAGAUCAGAUUCUGGAAUGUCGCGCUCUCGCUGCGGUGGGUGAUCCCCUCAGUCUGGGGAAUAAUGAGACGGUGAACGGUAUUUGCGCCAAUGCCUCUGAUUACUGCAGUAAUGCAUUGGAAGGGCCGUAUAUUGAGUUUGGUGGCCGCGGUUACUACGACAUUGCGCACGACGUUCUUGACCCGUUCCCACCAAACUAUUUCAUGGGCUAUUUGAGUCAAAGCUGGGUUCUGGGAGCUAUCGGUGCAGCAGUAAACUGGACCGAGAGUGUCGAAUCCGUGUUUACCGCUUUCCAGAAUACAGGUGACUAUGCCCGUUCGGACGUUUUGGGAUACCUCGAAGAUAUUGCAUAUGUCUUGGAUCAAGGGAUUAAAGUUGCCCUUGUUUACGGCGAUCGUGACUACGCAUGCAACUGGGUUGGUGGUGAAGAAGUCAGUCUGGCAGUCGAGUAUAGUGACGCCGACAAUUUCCGGUCUGCGGGUUAUGCUGAUCUAUAUGCCAACGAUACCUUCAUCGGUGGCAAGGUUCGACAAUACGGCAAUUUCUCUUUUACUCGUGUGUAUCAAGCGGGUCAUGAAGUACCUGCAUAUCAACCGGAGACAUCAUUUGCGAUCUUUAAUCGAUCGUUGUCGAACUUGGAUAUUGCGACUGGACGGAUAUCGACUGUGGCCAAUGCGACGUACGGCACUGAGGGACCGUCGAGUACAUGGGAUGUCAAGAAUGAAGUGCCCCCGAUGCCCGAACCGACUUGCUACGUCCUUGCGCUAGGUGCGACAUGCACGGAUGAUGAAAUUAAUGCCAUUGCUAAUGGCACAGCGUUGAUUGAGGAUUAUAUUUUGAUCAAGCCAGAUAAUCAUAGCAGCGACCCUCUUCCUUCUCUGAGUACGACAGCGCCAAAAGAAGACUCUGAGAAGCCUAGUAGAUGGUUCCAGAUGCUCUUGUCGCUGUCGGAAUUUUUUGAUAUACUUUUAUAAUGCAGGUAGCAUUAGAGUUAUAG